CAUUUUUCCUUAUUUCUGUUCUGCUAGCUCACUCACUUUCUGCCAUAAAAACAAAGGCUCUCCUUUUCAUGCCCAUGGACCCAGGUGCUUUAAAGAAGAUUCAAAACGAGAGCAUCUACCAUUCUCAUAACUUGACUUCAGUUUGCUCCCAUCAGUUGCAAAUUCCACUAGCAAGAUCAGAUUCAGUUUCUGGAAAAAGAAAAAAAGACCAAAAAAAAAAAAAAAAGGUUUGAGUUUAUAUGGCUUCCGCUCCCGGUGAUUUAGAGAAAGCUGAAGCAAGCAGAACAGAUUAUCCAAAUUCAAACCAGACAACGGAAAAUUCUGACACGAGAGACGUAGAUGUGAAAAAUUCAAAAAAUGCAGCACGGUUGACUAAAAUAUUUAUAACAUCAUGUGUGCUUGGCGUUUUCCUGGAUCCUUUGUUCCUCUACAUUCCUCUCCUCAACCACGAUUUGAAGUGUCUGAGGUUGGACAACACCAUAAAGAUUAUCGCUCUCGUCUCGCGAUUGUUCACUGAUCUAUUUUAUGUAGGCAGAAUAAUUUUGCAAGUUUGUAGAUUUGAAAAUUGUUCGCCUUUCAUGAAUCGAAUUCUUCCCAAAAGUUGCUCCUCCAAGUUAAUAACAUCAUUCAUCAAAUGCUUUCGUGAGUUAUUACCUGAAGUAACUGAAGUUCAUGAGAAGGAAUAUCUAAUACCAAGUAUAACAAAGGAGAUACGGGAGUCGUCCAUCAUAGUUGACAUUUUAGCUAUUCUUCCUCUUCCACAGGUGGCAAUUCUCAUUUUCUUUCCGAAGAUGAGGGUCUCAGGAUCUUUCGGGAAGCGUAUUAUGAACUUUCUUGUUAUGGUGCAAUAUGUACCACGAGUUCUUCGCAUCUACCUAUCAUGCAAGAAAGCUAGAAAACCUUUCAAAGGACAAAUCCCAUUAUGGCUUAAAGGUUUACUCAAUCUUUUCCUCUACAUUCUCGCUAGUCAUGUGCUUGGAGCUUUUUGGUACUUUUUUGCUGCUCAACAAAUGAUAAGUUGCUGGGAACAUGCAUGUCUAUAUGGAAAUGGAUGUGGCGCUAUUACAUUUAAUUGUCAUGAUCACCAAACAUUGAAAAAUAUUACGGUUCUAAAUGAUUUCUGCCCAAUAAAUCCACCAGAUACAACUCCACCAUUUAAUUUUGGCAUAUACCUAAAUGUCCUUCAGUCAGGUGCAUUGUGGUCAACAGACUAUCCCCUGAAGUUUUUGAACAGUUUUUGUUGGGGCCUGCGAAAUUUGAGUUCUCUAGCUUCAAAUCUCCAACCGAGUUUCUAUACAUGGGAAAUCGCCUUUGUAGCUUUUAUAUCUAUAAUCGGCUUGAUACUGUUUGUAUAUCUCAUUGGAAAUUUGCAGACCUACGUGCUUAUAGAUACUGAAAGGUUAGAGUCGCACAGACGCGAGAAUAAACUUAAACGGAAGCUUAAAGAAAAUGACCGAAAAGUAGAAUCAUGGUUAUCUGGCCAUGGCAUCCCCCUUAGUAGAAAGCAAAAGAUCAUGGAAGAGAUAAAAAGGGAGCUUGAAGAAAACUCGGAUUUUGAUGUGGUUAGGGAAAUCCUCUCUAUUCUUCCCCUCGAAGAAAUCAAAAGUUACAGCCCGUUGAGUAGGCUGAGGAAGGUGCCACUACUUAAAGACAUGGACGAAGGAGUUCUGGUAGAAAUCUCUGAGAAGCUUCAUCCUGAGAAGUAUACUCCUGGAAAAAUCAUUAUAAACAAGGAUGAAACACUUGAAAUGAUGCUUUUCAUUGUGGACGGAAGUGUAAUCAUUGAAAAGACAGAUGGUUCUCAGUUGGAACAUCUAGGCCCAGGAGAUUUUUAUGGAGAGGAACUUCUAGUUUCCCCAUUGUGGACCUCCUCUAGUGAUGCAAAACCCAUAAACCAGUCUGUUCAGGCCAUUGAUGAUGUUCAAGCCCUUGUUCUCUCUGCCACAGACAUGGCGACCUUGAGCUUUAGUUCCAGGCGGCAUAUCAACGAGUUGCGCAUGGUGGUAACUAUUCUUCAGAAAGUGCCAAAACUUCAAACUAUGGAUAAACAAGUAUUGAAAGCAAUGUCUCAUCAUCUUUCUCCGGUUAGCUAUAAACGCGACGACUAUAUUGUUCGAGAGAACCAACCAGUUAGUAGGAUGUUCUUCAUCACGAGAGGAGAGGUAACAAAAAAUGAGAACCCUCCGGAAGCAAAUUUUAUUGGAGAAGAACUUCUUGAGUGGGUAUUGGAUAAGUCUUUUCCUACCAUAUUACCCUUGUCGACCUGCACUGUUAGAGUAGUCUCAAAUGAUGCCGAAGUCCUCAUUUUGAAGGCCAGGAUGUUGAAGAAUGUAGUCUCUAAGUUCAUGAAGCAUUUCAGCAAUUUCGCCUCUCUCUCAGAUAUCCGGUUAACUUGGCUAAAGAAAGUGGAAAUCUUUCAACAAAUGGAUGAACAAGUGUUGGAAGCAAUAUGCAAGUGCCUUAAGCACAUGAACUUCAAUGUUGCCAAGCGCCAUAUUCUUCAAGAGAAAAAACCACUUAAAAUGAUGUUCUUCGUCAUCCGAGGAGUUGUAUUAAUUGAAAGCGAUAGUGCUUUGGAAGAGAACGUUAAAAACACCUGUGAAAUAGGAAGUUUCUAUGGAGAAGAACUUGUACAAUGGGUUACAACUUGGGUACACAAGUCCUUUCCUGCCAAACUACCUUUAUCACCUGGUUCUGCGCUAUGUAGUGUGCGUGGUGGUCCUGUUGAAAUACUUGCUCUCAAAGCCGACGACUUGAAGAGUGUAGUCUCUGAAUUCAGGUCGAAAUUCAGCACGGAAACCACCCUGCCUACAGAUUCUGAUCAGCCUCGAGAACUGACCAUCCUAAAGAAUGUGGAAAUCCUUAAGACUAUGAAUGAGGAAGUGUUGAAAGAAGUAUGCAAGCAUCUUACUGAAAAAACGUAUAAAGAUGAGUACAUUAUUAUGAAGGAUAAACAAAUGGAAAUGAUGUUCUUCAUCGUCAGCGGAGUUGUGUCAGUAACAAACGAAAACUCGAAACAUUACCUUAGAGAAGGAGAACGUCCAAAUCACAGUGGAGAUGAGCUUAUACAACGUUGGGUGCGAUCUAAAUCUGCCAGCGUUUCUGCCGAAUUGCCCACCUCUCCUUCUAGUUUUUGGGCCAUCGGUGAAGUUGAAGUUCUGAUUCUGAAGGCCGAAGACUUGGCAAGUGUUCAGCUUGGUGAUCGAAUUGGUUAGUAUUAUCAUGCUCUUGAGGAAAUGGCAAGGAAGAGUGAUGGUACGAUAACUUGUCCAAGGACAGGUUUGGUUUGCAAUUAAACAAAUCUGGUGAAGGCAUGUGUGUGUAUUUAUGUAUGCAGCCCCGCCUUAGUUGUGACCUUUGUUGGAAAAGAUAAGGAGGUGGGGUAAUUGGUUGUACAUUAUUGUGUGGAGGUGCCAAGGUAAGUACUCUUUUUUUUCAAAUACCAAAUUUUCCUCUUCUGGGGAUUGUUUAUUAGAAAAGAAUUAUUAUUUUUUA